GGAGAGCCCGUAACAGUGUGACGGGGCGCUCCUAUGACCGUCCGGAAAAGGCAUGUCCGUGACGGCAUAGAUGGUGACGCUGUCGGGAGCCCGAAAUCCAAAACUUCGAAAAGCUGCCAGCAACAGCCUCAGUACUUGAGAAUCCAUUUCCAGCCUCUCCAGAGCAUAUAUACCCUUCUAUCGACGGGCUCUGCGUCGAUUUCUUAUUUUCGUUUCAAAAACCAUGUCGGUCUGUCGUGCCCGUAUCGCUCUCGGCCGAUCCCUGACCCACUCUAGACCACAGUCCGUCCUUCGAACCCAACCUUCGAGGCGGUAUGCGUCUACUGAAUCUUCAGCACCUCAGACUACUAGUCCGAGAACACAAUCAAAAUGGCGCACAUUUCUGCAGCUAGUCGGCCGUGUGACCCUAGUCACUGUCGUUGGAAGCGGCGCCUUGUUCUACUAUGUUGCGCGGAAGGAUAGGACGCCUGGUGAACAGCUUCCUCAUGACCCGACCAAGAAGACCUUGGUAGUUCUUGGCAGUGGAUGGGGAGCGACCAGUCUCUUGCAGAAGUUGGACACGACAGAUUACAAUGUUGUUGUUAUUAGCCCACGAAAUUACUUCCUCUUCACGCCCUUGCUUCCUAGUGUUGCGGUCGGGACUUUGAACCCUCACUCAAUUAUCCAACCCACACGAUACAUUACUCGUCACAAGACGCGUACCGUGUCCGUUAUUGAGGCUGCUGCAACUGACGUUGACCCCAUUGCAAAGACAGUCACAUUUGCCGAUGAAUCUGAAAUUCAGGGCCUCGUGUCUUCGACCACCUUGAAGUAUGAUUACCUCGUGUACGCUGUCGGAGCUGAGACCCAAACUUUCAACAUCCCCGGUGUUAAGGAGAACGCAUGCUUCAUGAAAGAGCUGGACGAUGCUGAUUUGACUCAUCGACGUUUCCUAGACUGUCUCGAAUCUGCCGCCUUCCCCGGCCAAACGUCAGAAGAGAUUGACCGCCUCUUACAUAUAGUUGUCGUCGGUGGAGGUCCCACUGGUAUCGAAUUGAGCGGCGAAGUUCACGAUUACCUCGAAGAGGAUCUCCGAAACUGGUACCCCGAACUCUCCAGCCACAUCAAGAUCUCCCUUGUCGAAGCUCUCCCGUCCGUUCUCCCCAUGUUCUCCAAGAAGCUCAUUGAGUACACCGAAUCUACGUUCAAGGAAGCCAACAUCGAUAUCUUGACUAAGACCAUGGUGAAGGAAAUCAAGGAUAAGAGUAUUGUCGUCCAGGGUCCUGAUGGCACUAAGAGGGAGAUUCCUUGUGGUAUGGUCGUUUGGGCUGCUGGCAACACUCUUCGUAAAGUCACCAAGGACUUGAUGGCUAAGCUUCCCGAGCACCAAACCAACCGUCGUGGCCUCAAUGUCGAUGAUCACCUUCGCUUGGAAGGUACCAGUGGCUCAGUCUUUGCUCUCGGCGACUGCACCGCAACUUCCUACGCUCCUACCGCCCAAGUUGCUUCUCAACAAGGUUCCUACCUCGCUCGCGUCUUCAAACUUAUCGCUAGACGUGAUGCUCUCUCUACCGAGUUGCAACAACUGGAGAGCCAGGGUUUACUUGAGGGUGAGAAGUUAAAGCAGAAAGAGGACUUGGUUAGACAAUUGGAGAAGGUGGAAAAAAUGAAGCUGUUCAAGUAUACUCAUGAGGGAUCACUUGCGUAUAUCGGUUCAGAGAAGGCUAUCGCUGAUUUGCCGUUUGGUGUCGGAAACCUCGCAAUUGGCGGUGUGGCAACUUACCUCUUCUGGCGUAGCGCAUACCUCAGCAGACUCUUCUCUCUGCGCAACCGAACUCUCGUCGCCAGCGAUUGGCUCAAGGUCAGGUUCUUCGGCCGUGACGUGAGCCGAGACUAGACGGCCCUCGAAACUGUUACUCAAGUGUGGUAUACUCCUUUUUCGCAUAAUGGCUCAACUUCUGGACACUGGCUACAACCUAGACGUUCUCCCUGAAAACUUAUGAUUCGUAUAUAGAGUUCAUCAGUACAAUAUACUGCUUCUAAUUGUCAUGGCUUUUUGGGAAGACCCCUUCGAAGUUUCUUCGAACGCCUGGAAAUUGGUUUCGGCGUGCAUAUCCAAAAAUGGCACCGGGACGAAGCUCUUGACAAACAAAGCCCAAUUUACCUUCAAUGGACCGGCAGCGCCUAACCUUC